UCAGCCCUCGCCGCCGAUGCCCUCCUCCUCCCGACCCGGCUACUCCUCCUACCGCAUCGCCGCGCCUGCGGUCGCCGCUCCGAAGUCGGCCCCGCCGUCUGCCGGCCCUUCAACCCUCGACACCGCCUUUCGGCUGUGGUGCCUGCACGAGGCGCUCAAGCUGCUGCACGAGCCGACCUGGUCACCGUGGGUCCUCGCCUGCGGCGUCGCGGUGGCUGCCGCCGCGGUGGCGCCUCGCCAGCCGCUCGUCGCGCUGGCGCUGACGCUCCGGCUGUGCGACACGGCAAUGCUCAUGCCCUUCUGCUGGGACAGCUUUUAUUGGUGCUUCCAGAUCGACGGCGGCCUGCUGCUGCUGCUGCUGUGCGCGGCCUCCGCCGACCGCGACGCCGUCGCCCGCUCCUGGGCCGAGAUCUGCCGGCUCCAGCUCUCGCUCUUUUACGCCUCCGCCGCCUGGUGGAAGCUCAACACAUCCUUCCUCGACCCGCGCACGUCGUGCGCGCCGAUGUUUUUCCUCACGCUGCUGCCGACGCUCGGGUACACACCCUCGCCCGCCGUGGCCCUCGGCGUCCGCAACCUCGCCCCCGCCGCAACCAUCGGAGGAGAGGCGUGUAUCGGCCUCCUCCUCGCCGCCGCAUCGAACCGGCUGCGGAGGCUCGGAGUGUGCCUCGCGCUCCUGCUCCACCUCGGCAUCUCGCUCACCCCCUCGCCGAACAACGCGACCCCCUUCUCCCUCGCGAUGGCGGCCCGCCUGCUGGCGCCCGCGCUCACGGCGCUCCUGCGCCACGCGGCAGAGAGGAGGCGCACGGCGCUGCUGGCGGCCGCAGCCGCAGCCGCGGCGACGGGCAUCCAGUGCUUGCGCGCCCUCAGCUUUGACUCGCGCGGAGGCCGGCUCGGUCGAGGGGUGGCCGACUGGUGGGUGGCAGCGUUUGCGCUGUACGCUUUCGUGCUGCCUGCCCUCGGGCUGCAGGACCAGGGGGCGCCCAACAUGUACUCCAACCUCCAGAUGCACGGCCGCGGGAACCAUCUCGUGGCGCCGACCGACGUGAUCGGCAGCUUGCCCCUCCUCGCGCCGCUCUUCGAGACGGCCCGCGUCGAGGCGAGCAGCAGCGAGCACAUCAACGGCGUGUGCCCCGGCGACGCCACGCCGGCCGAGCGGGCCUGCAUCUACCCCGGCGAGAUCACGCACCUGAUGGCGCCGCACGAGGUAGCGUUGCUCCGCUCGGUCGGCCACACCGGCCGCAUGUUCAACCCGAUGAAGAACCGGAUCCUCGGCACGGAGGGCGAAGCGCCCUUCUCGCGGUACACCCUCCCCGCCCUCGAGCUGCGCCGAGUCCUCGCCGAGGCGCGCGCCAAGGGCGAGGCAUUCUCGCUCACCUACACCCACCUGACCGGCGACGGAGAUGAGGCGUGGAGGCGCGACGCGGCCGGCCGCACUGUCUACCUCUCCGAGGACGGGAGAGGAGGACGCCGCUGCGUGGUGCGGGGCGGGGCGUGGUGCAGUGGCGUGCUCGGCACGCUGCGCCGCUCUUGCGCGUGCGGCGAGGGAGAGAUCGCGAUGCAGCCGCCGCCCGGCUGGCUUGCGCGCAAGUUCCUGCUGCAGCAGCCCUAUCCUGUCCUGGACUGGGACGAGCUGGUCUGCUUUGGACCGUGAGCCAGGGCCCAGGCACGCGCUGCGUGGGUGAGAGCGACCAAAGACGCCGUCGUGCUUGGCUCACGGCUGUGUAUAUUCGUGAAUAACUGCCCGACUAGGGUACACCCGUAUAUGGUAGUGUAUAUUAUUUCUGGCGUCGUGCGCGGCUAGCGCUUCCUAUGUGUGUACAUUUAUUAUUAAAAGCGGCGUUGUUUGC